UCCACUCACUGGCCUCGGGGGUCUGCUCUGCUAGCAUCCACUGGAAGGACGUGGCUGUUAUACGAAGACGCUGUGUGGACAGUAAUGACCGCACGUUUCCGAUUGCCUGCUGGCAGAACCUACAAUGUACGAGCAUCUGAGCUGGCACGAGAUAGACAGCAUACAGAGGUGGUCUGCAAUAUUCUACUCCUGGAUAACACUGUACAAGCAUUCAGAGUUAAUAAACACGAUCAGGGGCAAGUUCUGUUGGACAUAGUUUUCAAGCAUCUUGAUCUGACCGAGAGAGACUAUUUUGGUUUACAGUUGGCUGAUGAUUCUACUGACAACCCGAGAUGGCUGGAUCCAAAUAAGCCUAUCAGGAAACAGUUGAAGAGAGGAUCUCCUCACAGUUUAAACUUCAGAGUCAAGUUUUUUGUGAGUGAUCCUAAUAAGCUGCAAGAAGAAUACACACGGUACCAAUAUUUUUUGCAAAUUAAGCAAGACAUUCUCACUGGAAGUGUUCGAAUUGAGAUGUUACUAAACAUAUUUGGUUUUAAUUUUUUUUUAGCUGAACUGGGAGAUUACAACCUUUCGGAGAACUUCCCAGGCUACCUUUCAGACUACUCAUUCAUCCCUAGCCAGCCGCAAGACUUUGAAAAAGAAAUAUCCAAGCUACAUCAACAGCAUAUAGGCUUAUCUCCUGCUGAAGCAGAAUUUAGUUAUCUCAAUACAGCCCGAACCUUAGAACUCUAUGGUGUUGAAUUGCACUAUGCAAGGGAUCAAAGCAACAAUGAAAUUAUGAUUGGAGUGAUGUCAGGAGGCAUACUAAUUUAUAAGAACAGGGUACGAAUUAACACCUUUCUAUGGUUGAAGAUUGUAAAAAUUUCCUUUAAAUGCAAGCAGUUUUUUAUUCAACUUAGAAAAGAAUUGCAUGAAUCUAGAGAAACGUUACUGGGAUUCAACAUGGUGAAUUAUCGAGCGUGUAAGAAUCUAUGGAAAGCUUGUGUGGAACAUCACACUUUCUUCCGGUUAGACAGACCACUGCCACCUCAGAAGAACUUCUUUGCACAUUAUUUUACUUUGGGCUCAAAGUUCCGGUACUGUGGAAGAACGGAAGUUCAGUCUGUGCAGUAUGGUAAAGAAAAGGCAAAUAAGGACAGGGUAUUUGCCAGGUCCCCUAGUAAACCUCUGGCUCGCAAAUUGAUAAGUGAGAUGGACUGGGAGGUUGUCAGCAGGAAUUCAUUGUCUGAUGACAGGUUAGAAACUCAAAGCUUACCAUCACGCUCUCCACCUGGAACCCCUAAUCAUCGCAACUAUGCAUUUACUCAGGAAGGAAAUCGGCUACGGCCGUCUUCGGUUGGACAUCUGGUGGACCAUGUGGUCCAUGCUUCUCCAAGUGAGGUUUUUGCAAAUCACCGAUCUCCUUCUUCCACGCAGGCAAACAGCAUCAUUCUGGAAUCAUCACCAUCUCAAGAAACCCCUGUGGAUGGGCAGCCGCCUGCGCUGCCACCCAAGCAGUCUAAAAAGAACAGUUGGAACCAAAUUCAUUAUUCACUUUCGCAACAAGAAUUGGACAACCAUAUAAAUGAAACAUACGAUGAUUCGUCAUCUCCAGAAAAAUCUACGCCCAAUGGCGGGAUUCCUCAUGAUAAUCUUGUUCUGAUCAGAAUGAGGCCUGAUGAAAAUGGAAGAUUUGGUUUCAAUGUAAAGGGUGGAUAUGACCAGAAGAUGCCGGUUAUAGUGUCGAGAGUAGCUCCAGGAACACCAGCUGACAUUUGUGUUCCUCGUUUGAACGAAGGAGACCAGGUAGUGCUGAUCAAUGGCAGGGAUAUAUCAGAACACACCCAUGACCAAGUUGUCAUGUUUAUUAAAGCCAGCUGUGAGAGGCACUCGGGAGAACUUGUGCUUCUAGUCCGACCUAACGCUGUUUACGAUGUAGUAGAAGAGAAACUGGAGAGUGAACCUGACUUCCAGUACAUCCCCGAGAAGUCCCCGCUAGAUGGUAUCCACCAAGAUGAUAAUGCUCUGAGAGAAUCAAUGUUUCAGCUAGCUGAAGGGCUCAUCACUGGAACUGUCCUGGCUCAGUUUGAUCAACUUUAUAGGAAGAAGCCUGGGAUGACAAUGUCUUGUGCCAAAUUACCUCAAAACAUUUCCAAAAAUAGAUACAGAGACAUUUCGCCUUAUGAUGCUACACGGGUCAUUUUAAAGAGUAACGAUGAUUACAUUAAUGCAAACUAUAUAAAUAUGGAAAUCCCUUCUUCCAGUAUAAUAAACAAGUACAUUGCUUGCCAGGGUCCGUUACCCAACACCUGUCCUGAUUUUUGGCAGAUGACAUGGGAACAAGGGUCUUCGAUGGUUGUAAUGUUAACCACUCAAGUGGAACGGGGCAGAGUCAAAUGUCAUCAGUACUGGCCUGAGCCUGGAGGAAGUUCUGCAUAUGGGAAUUUCCAAAUCACCUGCCAUUCAGAAGAAGGAAAUCCCGCUUAUGUCUUCAGAGAGAUGACGCUAUCUAACUUGGAGAAAAACGAGCACCGUCCGCUCGCUCAGAUCCAAUACAUAGCAUGGCCUGAUCACGGGGUUCCUGAUGAUUCCAGUGAUUUCCUGGAUUUCGUGUGUCUCGUGCGGAAAAAAAGAACUGGUCGAGAAGAACCUGUUGUGGUCCACUGCAGUGCUGGCAUUGGACGAACAGGAGUUCUCAUCACUAUGGAAACAGCUAUGUGUCUCAUUGAGUGUAAUCAGCCUGUUUAUCCUUUGGAUAUUGUGAGAACCAUGAGAGAUCAAAGGGCCAUGAUGAUCCAAACUCCCAGCCAAUACAGAUUUGUUUGUGAAGCUAUUUUGAAAGUGUAUGAAGAAGGACUUGUUAGACCUUUAAUGCCGUCACUGCAUAAAUAGGAAACGAAAGAGACUUUUGGGAGAACUGGUAUAAGACCCUGGCUGCACUCGUGCCAUAACUCUGCUUGCAAGAAAUGGUGUCUGAAAACAAUGAAGAACUGAAAAGAACUUGGAAAAACUUCAGCACUGUUGCACUUUAUGUUGAAACAGAGAACAGUCUCUAAAACACUAUGUUUUUUUCUGUGCUGGAAGAUUCUCUUUGUUUUUUUGCUCUGAACAAACCACGGACUGAACGAACUCCCUGUCUUCAGGAUGACUUUUCCAGACUUUGGUGUAGUGCCAUAUAGUUCCUUUUGUUUGAACUGCUUCAAAAAAAGGGGGGAGGGGAGGGAAGGGGGGAGCUUGGAAUAGUUUCACUUUCUGUUUGACACCUGUGUCUUUUCAAAGCAACAAUACACACAAAGCCAUCUCUUCCGAUGCUAA